AUGCAAUUCAAUCUGAACACCAUCGCGAUGCUCUGGGCACUUAUGCUCCUGGCAACCGUCUCCCUCGGCAGUAUCGACCUGGAAGCCCUCCAAGAGCUUCACCGGCGCGAGGCCCUUGGUCGCCGAGCCGUUGUGGCUAAUCCGAUCAUUCCUGUCCCUGAUCCCGUGGCAACCUUUUCUACUGUGACCAUCGUCGGCACCAGCUACACCCACACCACCGUGCCAGUUGUCGCUACCCUUCCCGGUGAUGAGCCAAGUGGUCCCAUCACCAUUGUUUUCACUGAGACCGACACAGAAUGCUCCGAGAGCACAACUGUCACGAAGAGUCUCGUCACUGUCACCAAGUGCCACGGGGGUACCGGCUGCACUGGCCUAGUCUCUGGAACUCAGACUAUUAGCUCCAGCGUGGCUGAACAGGUCACCACCAAGACGGUUACCCAGACCACAUGCCCUCACCUUAGCCCAUGCACCACAAAGGUUACCACCUUGGUUACUCCCGUUGGAGAUAUCAGCACUGGCACAGGUGUAGUGCCAAUUCCUACCGGCGGAAAUUAUGCCAAUACCACUGUGACGGCCACGAAGACAAUCAACCCCGGUGGUUCUAACAUCAAGAGCCCCAGUGGUCCCACCACUACUGCAACAUCGCCUCCCCAGUACAAUGGUGCCCAUCGUCAACAGGUUAUUCUGAGCCAUCUCAUUAUGCUCGCAUCUUUCAUGGUGCUCAUCGUCAAGAUUUUGUGA